AUGGCAGAGAAGUUGCAUUUCUCACAUCUCUGUUCUCAACUUCACCGACUUCUGUCUCUACAUCUGAAGACACCAAUCCUGGGCUUACCCUAUCCAGCUGUCCCUCAAGAGCCUCUCGGCCAAUCGCAUCGCUCCUUUUCCCUGGUGGACCAAUCGGGACGUCCACAGAAGACUCAGUGGAGAUUAAGCAGAGUUUCCUGA